CAACGCACGGCACUUACGACUCUUUUGCAUUAUUACCCUGCUUUGACUUUACAAUAUUGAUACGGCAUUUACGACACGGCGAGACACGAGCCAUGCGUCAUGUGGUUUUUUUUUGUUUGUUUUUGUUUUUUUUAUAAAUGAAUUGCCCUUAACAAUGUCUGAUAAGAGCAAUAGACUCAAAACGAAACCUAAGCUGUGAACUCUGUCACAUGAUGAGGGGCUUAACCGUGUUAACCACGAACCAAAGGACUUUGUUAUUAAAUAGGUCGGCACAGCGGGACUAGAAACCACAUGAUACAAGACGUUUGUUUUGCUUUAGUUUUAGGCAGUGUAUUAUCGGUUUGGACUGUGCUGAUAAAAAUAAAAAGGGAACACUGUAGAUUUGUAUGAAGUAACAGAAAAGACCACACGUUUGCAUUUAAUUUGAACUGUUUUAAUUGGUGUGGCAGUAUUGUACAGCAGUACACUGGGUGGACUCCUUCAGUGCUGCAAAUUUCAAGGAAAGGUUAUCAGGGCAGUGCUCACUUGUUGAUAUAAAACAGAGAACUACAGUCCUUAAUGAUACUUACCUUGUGCAACCCGGACGAGGACACCUGAGUGGCAGGAGGGAACACUGGCUGGGAAAGUACUGUGAUACAAAGUACACUGGUUUACACAUGGUGGGGAGUGUAGAGAAGAUAUGUGACUUACCUGGGAGUGACUCCGUGGAAUACUGCCAGGAGGGCAGAGACUGGGCCAAAAUAAAGGUCUGCAGUAUUAUGUAGUAAAUAACUACAGAUACUGCACUGUUGGGGUAGAGCCACUUCAACUGCAUCAUUUUACCUGUGGAAAGCAAGCUUCUGCAGAGUUUGUAAGGGACAAAAAGAAAAGGUAUAGUUAGUGCUGGGAUGGCCAGGUUUUUUUUUGUUUGUUAUUUUGGAUUCUGAAAGUAUUAUUUGAUCAAAUUAAACUUGCCUUUUCAUUGAAUCUGCUGUCAGCAUUCAUUUUCUGGAAGACACAUUGGCUACCACAUUAAUCGUAGAACACAUUUUGUUCUCUCUCUCUCUCUCUCUAUGGCCAUCUCCCGAAUUAAGUGAUUUAAUUUGUUGCUAAAUCGGGGGAUGGUCACCUGUAUAAAAACCUGCAGCUCUCUGCACUCCGGGUGGUUGGUUUUCAGAGGAGGAACGAGACCGAAAAGAGAGAGAGAAAUUUAUUUAAAAACUAAACUAAACCAAAGAUAGGGUCAGUGAAGGCGAUUGCCCAGCCUGACCGGUUGUAGUGUUCGUGAUCUGUUUUGUUUAAUUAUUUAUUUUUGCUCUGUGAGCACAGUGUUUUUGUUUAGGUAUUUUAUUUUUGUGGUUUAAAUAAACAGUGAUCGCUGCGCCUUUGCCCUGCAGUACCUGGUGUCAGUGUUGUCUUCCUGCUUCUGGCCUGACGUCCCCACACACUCCAUCCUGUCGCAGUGCUAUUCGGGUGUUAUUCUCGGUCGAUCAAACCCUUCAGUGGUGCACUGUGUGUUCAUGUAGUAGUAGGCGUGGCAUGGUAUCCAGUCCACAUGGGAGCUGGAACACAAUAACCUGACGGAAGUGAACAAAGGCUGGCUAUAUGGGUUACGAAUGCUGCAUUUGCUCCAAGUUAGCCACAAUGCUAUUCGCAGGAUCAGCCCUGAUGCUUGGGAGUUCUGCGAGAAACUGUCUGAAUUAAAUGUAUCUUUUAAUCAUUUGACUCGCUUGGAUGCGACUGCUUUUACUGGUCUUGGUUUGCUUGAGAAUUUGAACUUGGGGAACAAUGCUGUGAGCCACAUUGCGGAGGGUGUAUUCAGUGGGCUGCCCAACCUGCACCAUCUAGAUAUAAGAAAUAAUGACAUUUCUUGGGCUAUUGAAGAUUCGGUUGGAGUGUUUGUUGGGCUGGGCAAGUUGAACACACUAAUACUGCAAGGAAACGGGAUUAAAUCCGUGACGGAUAAAGCAUUCUCCGGUCUUGAAGCGCUAGAACAUCUGGACUUGACUAGAAAUGGAAUCAUGUCUAUUCACCCAAAUGCCUUUUCACAGAUGAACCUAAAAGAACUUCUGUUGAACACCAGUAGUUUGCUGUGUGACUGCAAUCUUAAAUGGCUGCCUCAGUGGCUGAUUGAGAACAAAUUCCAGCGUUCUGUGAAUGGCAGCUGCACCCACCCUGCAUGGCGAGCAGGACAGAGCAUUCUCAGUGUCGUCGUGGAGGAUCUGGUCUGCGAUGAUUUCCCUAAGCCCCAGAUCACUGCACAUCCUGAAACUACAGUGGCUCUCAAGGGAAUGAAUAUUACAUUAACUUGCAUUGCAGCAAGCAGCAGUGAUUCACCGAUGUCGGCAGCUUGGAGGAAAGACAGUGAAGUUUUGUAUGAUGCAGUGGUCCAAAACUUUGCCAGAUACAGGGAGCAAGAGGGAGCACUCAUUGAGUACACCACUGUAUUGCAUCUUUUUAAUGUUAAUUUUACCGAUGAAGGUCGGUACCAGUGUGUUGUCACGAAUCACUUUGGAUCCAAUUAUUCGGAAAGAGCAAAACUUACUGUGAAUGAGCUGCCCUCCUUCGUGAAAACGCCGAUGGACCUCACCAUUCGGACUGGGGCUAUGGCUCGCCUGGAGUGUGCAGCAGAGGGGCACCCCCCUCCUCAGAUCGCCUGGCAGAAAGACGGCGGCACAGACUUCCCAGCUGCGCGGGAGCGACGCAUGCAUGUCAUGCCAGAAGAUGAUGUUUUCUUCAUCGCAAAUGCCAAGAUUGAAGACAUGGGCGUCUACAGCUGCACAGCACAGAAUACAGCGGGAAGCACGCAUGCUAAUGCAACACUAACAGUGUUAGAAACUCCCUCUUUUGUCAGACCCUUGGAAGAUCGAGUGGUAGCCAGAGGGGAGACGGCAGUGUUGCAGUGUAUAGCUGGCGGCAGCCCCCCUCCUCGACUGAACUGGACGAAAGACGACGGCCCCUUGGUGGUUACGGAACGCCAUUUCUUUGCUGCAGCCAACCAGCUGCUGAUCAUUGUAGACACUGGUCCGGGGGAUGCUGGGAAAUACACUUGCAUCAUGUCAAAUACGUUGGGUACAGAGCGGGGCCACAUCUUCUUAAACAUUGUUCCUUCUCCAAACUGUGAUCCUGCUCAGGGCAGCAGUGGUUAUGAAGAGGAUGGCUGGACAACUGUGGGAAUCGUCAUCAUCGUGGUUGUGUGCUGCGUAGUGGGCACCUCUCUUGUCUGGGUUAUUGUCAUUUAUCACAUGAGAAGGAAAAGUGAAGAUUAUAGCAUUAGUAACACAGAUGACAUGAAUUUGCCAGGUGACAUUCCCAGUUAUCUGUCCUCUCAAGGAACACUAUCAGAGCCACAGGAAGUCUAUAGUAACUCUGAAGCCGGGAGUCACCAGCAGCUAAUGCCUCCUUCAUCUAAUGGCUAUGUCCACAAAGGAACAGAUGGGAUUUGUUAUGUGGACUCUGGGAGUGAAGUGGAUACGGAUGUCAACCCUUUUCUGGCCUCCAGCUUGCAGAACAGGAUGGGCUGCUUAUUCAGUGGGAGGACUGGCUUCCAGCCAGGGGAGCCACAAGAAGGAUAUGUACAGGCCAGCUCGGGUACUGGGCCGCUGGUCAUUUGUUCCGAUUGCUAUGACAAUGCCAACAUCUAUUCAAGGACCCGGGAGUACUGUCCAUAUGCCUGCCUUAGUGAAGAGGACUCCUUACCUGCCCAUGCGCAGCAAGAGGACACAGCCCUAGAUGGUUUAAUCACAGACAAGGACAUGUCUGUAUUUCUGACCAACCAUGACAGGAUACAUCUAAAAGCUUCUGCUCAGACAUGCAGCAAUGAAAGCCAUUCCCGACCGUUGUGGGUGUUAAAUCAAGACACAGGACUUGUUUCACAUUCCAGCUUCUCCCAGCAGCCUGUGAAUGUACCUGCAAACCCAUGUGCACGUGUUGAUAGAGAAGAUGAGAAGGAGGGUGGCCUCGAGUGCUCAGCACCCUCAAAACCAUUCCAGCGUGCAACACAGGAGCACAUGUGUGAUUCCAACAGGACUCCUCAAAACAUACAGGAACCGAACGCUCCCAAAUAGAGCAGAAGAAGCCUCAUCUGAGGAAGCCACUACCUCUCAAUGACUACACUAAACGCCAAAAAUGCAUAUGUGCAAGUUUACAUUUCAAGAAACAAUCCUAUUUCUUGUGCGAUAAAGCAUUUUAACAUAGAAAAGUCAAUACUUCACACAUUACCUGUGCCCUGUGGUAAGCAUUUUAACAUGGAAAAGUCAAUACUUAAUACAUUACCUGUGCCCUGUGGUAAGCAUUUUUGACCAAUAGUAUUUACUUGUAAGUUUUUGAAGUCAUUAUUGAGCUGUUGCCGCCUUGAUCAGCUUGGUCUCCAGCACCCAUACUGUUCAUUAGAAAAUGUGAGAGAAACAGCUUUUGCUCACCUGUGUUCCAGUGAGUUUUCAUUUUAUGAUGGUGCUGCAGAAUUGCCUUGGUUACCUGGUGUAAAGCAGUGUUUAGUAGUGGGGUUCAGAAAGCACUACUACUCCAAUGCGAGAGCUUCAUCAUGGUCUUUUGUGUUCAUGAAUAAAAGGUUGAAGUCCCACUGAGAACUAUAAUAAAAUGUCACCCAGAACUGGAUAUAUUCGUAAUGCAAGCACACACUUCAGCCCUCUUCAUUUUUCUCUGUCUAAUCUGAGCUGUGCACACCUUUUUUUCUUUAGCAGACUUCUGACUAUAUAAACUUGCAUUCAUAUUUUUUAUAUGUAAACUUUAAGUGUAAAUAUUGUGUGUGUGUGUAUAUAUAUAUAUAUAUAUAUAUAUAUAUAUAUAUAUAUAUAUAUAUAUAUAUAUAAUGUGUGUGUCAAUGUUUCAUGUGCUAAAUUAUAUGAAUUAAGUAUUGCGGUACUUUUGUUAUCGUUUUUAUUUUUCAGAGGACAAGUUUAUAAAUAUAACAUUGUGUACUGGAGAUGAACAAUCAUGACACUGGGUUUUGGCCACAUACAAUUCCCUUCUUUGGAGAAAGGCAGGAACUUAAGCUGUCCAGUUAUGAUUUAUACCGUAACGUUCUAAAUGUUGAUGUCUGCUCUGCUAAGAAACUGGUCAUUCUUGCUGGUUGGGUUCUAAUCCUGUGUCUCCUGUCUUCCUCUACGUGGUUUCAGAAUCUGGUAGAUUCACAGAAUCAAGUUCAGGACUCUUCAAUCAAAUGAAUUUGCACUUCUGAGAAGAAUAAUCUGCUUUAUGUUCAGUAGUACAUUUUUAAUGGCACUACCUUCAAAAAACUAAAUGAAAGUAAACAGAUUUAAGCAUACUUUCUUUAAACGUGUACUUCAAGAUGGUACUCCUCAUGUUUUAUAAAACAUAGCUUGUAAGAAUUGAGGUACCACCUUUAUAUAGUUUUUUUCUAAAUAAGUUUAUUCGUUGGCAAUUAUUUUUUAUUAUUUUCUCCCAAUUUAUAAUAUCCAGUUAUUAUUUAAGCUCGGCUCACCGCUACCACCCCUGCGCUGACUCGGGAGCGUGUGCCGUCUGCUGACCACUUCUUUUCACAUGGCAGACUCAUCAUGCAGCCACCUCAGAGCUACAGCGCCGGAGAACAACGCACCUCCGGUCAGCUUCCAGGCAAACCCGCAGGCGCCCGGCCAGACUACAGGGGUCGCUGGUGUGCAGUGAGCCGAGGACACUCUGGCUGACAUAAACCUUCCCCUCCCCCCCCAACAAAAACUUGUUUUUUGUCUUUUUGUUGUCUUAAAAUAAGUAACUAAAUAACUGUUUUGCCUUAAGUUGUAGCCCGGUGAACAGUAUUCUAAUUUUAUGAUGCUUCCUUUUUAUACAGCAUGUUUCCCAAAACGUAUCGUCAUCAUGUAUGAGCUGUGGGAAUGAAAGCCCAUUGUGCAGUUUGGUAAAAGCUGGCCGUGUAUGGCAAUGGAUUAAGAAUUGCAAUCAUACCUGUCUUCAUGGUUGAUGUCAUACAGUAAUAUGUUGAACAGGUCUGUUGAUGCACACGAUGGUCUAGUUUUGAGUGUGUAUUGCUCCAUUGCAAAAUGUUAUAUAAUAUAAUAUAUAUUAUACUUUUUAUACUGCUAUGUUUGUACUGAUUGCAUAAAUACCAAAGUCUCUGCAUUUACGCUCUGAUGGAAAUACUGAUAAAAUGCUGUCUUGCUGUAUCGUGUAAUGGUUCCCUUUGUAAUAUGUAUUUAAAAUUGUCGGCUAAAUGUACAUUCUGUAAAGCAUGUGUAAAAUAUGUUUGUUUCUUGUAAUAUAUAGUGACCUUGAAACAAUAAACUAAAAUCUCUUUUUCUGAA